CAAACACGCAUUACAUAUCAAUUGAUGUAUUUGUUUGCAGCAUGUAAGUCACGGGCCUUGCUAAAUCGGGUACCGGCGGUACCUGCCUUCUCAUCGACUUGACUCUUGGCCUGUAAUAAUAUUCUUUGCAUCGUUCACUCGCCUCACCAACACCAUUCUACGAGAAUAUCACUACGUCGUAACUGCAUUUCCCCAGACUUAAGUUGCGAAAAUGAAUCCAUCCUCCGCCUCUCCUGCCCCUUCUCGCCCUCUCAAACGCAAAGCCUCCAGCGAAACACCCACAGAACCAACCGACGUUGAUGGCAUCAUCGACCCACACGACCCCGUCUUACAAACUCUCUCUAACGACGCUCACCGCUUCAACACGGCUUACAGUGAGACGACAGCGGCGAUGCGGGAUCUGCUAGAGCCUGGCAGUGCUAGUCCUACCACUGGAAUCGAUUAUACCACCAUGGCUAUAAUCGAUGAUCUCAAGCGGCGUCCGGAGCUGGCGAAAAUGGAUGAUUCAAAGGCAAUUUUAGAGCAGUGUGGGAUUGGUUUGGAGGUGAGGGUUGGGCGGGAUGGGAAGGAGAAGGUUGUAGUUAGGUUUAAGGGGAAGGAGGUGUAAGGGUUAAUAUCAACAACAUGGAUAGGUUGUGAAGGUGAGUUUCCGUGCCGUUAUUCGCUUGUAAUAUGCUUGCUAAUUGAAUACGUUGUCAGGGCGAGCGGGAUUUCAAUGCAUACAUUUCAUAACAGUCAAAUACAACAAUCUCUGAUAUGUCCAGUCGAUAACACAUGUGAGGUAAAUAUAU